UACUUUGAUACUUGGAUACUUGGAUACUUGGAUACUUGGAUACUUUGAUUCUUUGAUUUUUUGUUACUUUGAUACUUGGAUUACACCUCUAAAUUCCAGAUCAAAGCCAAUUGACUUGAAUAUAAAGGGGAAACACAAUCUCAGCAGAAUCAGACUCAGCGAUUAUUCGUAGACGACAGCUCCACGGGAAUCUUCUCAGCGUCCUUGAACCGAGAUAGAGAACCGUCUGUAGAACAGCGCGUCACGACAAAACUACUUCAAAACGACUUUGUUCCGAUGGAUCGUCUGAGUUCAUCCGACAUGGAGACCAUCAUCUGCUCAGGAGAUGAAUCACAUGGACAGAUGCAGUGGGAUGAUACUGCCCAACUCAAGGUGAACGGUGUCACCAGAAUCCUGCAGGCUCUCCACCUAGCACUCCUGGACGCGAGGAGGAAGAACCAGGAGCUCAAGGCCGAGAACGCUGCUCUGAAGGAGCACAGGGUCAGAGAGGAAGAGUUGGAGAAGGAGCUUGCAGUUAUGAAGAUAACGAUGAAACAGAAAGUGGAAGAAAACCUCUCCCUGACCACUGAGCUUCAUCUCCAGCACUUGGAGAACCAGAAAGUAGAUAAUGAAUGGAAGGAGAAAUGUGCAGCUCUGCAGGAGAACUACGAGGAGAAGCUGAGGUGCAGUGUCCUGGAAGAGGAGGCCAGCUUCCAGAAGAGAGAGGAUCUGUUAAACAAGCUCAGGAAGACAGAGAAGUGGUUUUUAGAGGAGGCGAAGGAAGUACAGGCCCUGAUGCUGAAGAACAUUGAGCUUCAGAAUCUCACCUCUAAGACCGACUGGGACAAUGUGAAGGUCAAAACUGAGAAAAAGGAGAAGAAAGAACACCUGGAGAGAGAGAGGAAGGAGAGCAAAGAACUGAAGAAGAGAGAAAAGAAAGAGAAGAAAGAAACGAUUAAGCAGGAAAAGAAAGAGCAGUUGGAGAGAGAGAAGAAGGAGAGCAAAGAACUGAAGAAGAGAGAAAAGAAAGAGCAGUUGGAGAGAGAGAAGGAAGAGAAGGAGGAGGGGGGAAGUGUGAAGAGGAGCAAGUGGUCCCCCUGUUUUCUCUUUUAAAACCGGAGCUAGUCCUAAACUCUCUCAUCCUUCCUCUCCCUCAACCAUCCCUUCAUCAUGAAUGCCCCACUCCCUUACCAUGUACAUAGCUUUGUUUUUUGUGUAUCUUUUUACUUUUAUUAGUUUGAUCAUUGUAUAAUGCAACUCAUUAUUGUAAUUAGUUUCUAAAGUGUUUCCUUUAGUAUAGAUUUUGUAUAACA